CGACAAAGUGGAUUCGAUGCCAACGCUGCCCGAGAUGGAAGCGCUGCCACUCGCGUUCCAGUACUACUGCUUGGAGCAUGGAGCACGCAAGCCUGCAAGCGUUGGUAGUGCGACUGCUGAAAAGACUGUGAUGGCACCAGAGAAUUCAGACAAGACAACGUCGACUCCGCAGAAACCCGGUCCUCGCAUGAAGCUGAAGGACUUGACCUGGAAAAACAAAGCGCUGUUCAACGAACUUAUGGAACGGCAUACAUUUGUGGUGUUGACCGAUCUUGGUGAAAGGGUGGAGGCUCUGUACACGGACUUGCGUGCCGCCAUGCAGGCAUUCUUUGAGCAAGACCGUGCAUGCAAAGACGUGUGCACAAGCAAGUACAUAUACCGCAACGAGAACAAGACGCCCAUGUGGUAUGCUGGGUACGAAUGCACCCACGUCCGCGAAUGCUUUCGCGCCCACGCGGGAGAUCUCUCGCGCAUGCAAUGGCCCAGCGCAGACUUUGAAGAAAAGUACCUUGCCCUCCUCAAGGUGUGCCAAUCGAUUUGUGACAAAAGUUUGUCGUUAACGCUCGGGUACAUCACGGACUCUGCGCAUGCGCACCAAUCGGCGGGAGAAGAUCUGUCCGUGUGCUACGGUCUGCACUAUCCCAACAAAGUCGGCACAGGGCAAUCGAACAGCGAAAACGUUUUCGAACACAUCGAUCCAAGUCUGUACGUGAUCGAGCCCGUGACGGACGUGGCGGGGCUCGACGUGUUCGACCCGCACUCUGGUCAGUGGCUGUCUGUCGAGCAAGUGUGUACACCGCACAAAGAAUGGGUUCUCUUUUGUGGUAAGGCAUUGACCCGAGCGACAGAUGGACGCGUGCCUGGAACGCUGCAUCGCGUCACUCGACCAGAUCACACCCGGGAUAUCUCGCGGUAUUGCUUCAUUUACGAGCAAAAGUAUCAGCCGUACUUUUAAUACACCACCAUGAUAUGAACCCUACAACGC